AGCGAGACAACGUAGAGAUGGAGCAGCUCAAGCUAGAGUUGGUGCAGAAAGAACUAGAAGUACUACAGUUAAAAAAAACGGUUGUUGGAAAAAGACCAAAUGGCGGUCAGCACAAGCAAACAAAAAGACGCAAAUAAUGUUUUCGAGAUGCUGAAGGAAAUUAUUCCGAAAUACGAGGGUGGCGACGAUUUUAACGCUUGGCAGAAGCAACUGCUUCACUACAGGGACGUAUUUAACGUGGACGACGCUCCAAUGGGCGUUGUUGUUCAUUUAAAGUUGAGAGGUGCAGCCUUAGCUUGGUACAACGCAAAGACAACAUUUCCAAAAAACACUGAUGAGCUGUUGAAGGAAAUGAAAUCAGUGUUUGCAUCAUAUGAAAACAAAUUCGAGAAACGGCGAAAAUUCGAAAAACGUAUGUGGUCAUCUGAUGAAAGCUUCCCAAAUUACUUCAACGACAAGUGCGUUCUUAGCAGUGGACUAAACCUUAGCGACGGCGAGUUAGCAGAUUAUUUAGUCGAAGGCAUACCAGACAGGCAACUGCGUAUCCAAGCCAAGCUACAAAAUUGUUCAACGGCGAGCGAAGUUAUUAGGGCAUUUUGCUCGAUUACACUACCACAACCACCGCCUAGAAAGGCAACAACAACAACUACUACUACUACAAACGUUCCAACGGGCGAUAGGCUGAGAUGCUAUAACUGCAAUUGUACGGGUCACUAUGGCAAGGAGUGCCAAAAACCGAAACGGGAGGCCGGAUCGUGCUUUGCAUGCGGAGAGCAGGGAUACUACGCACCUAACUGAAGCAGUAUAAGAAGACGCCAGCAAAAAACACUUGUAAUGCCUAGUUGACUCCGGAAGCCCUAUAAGUUUAAUUAAACAAGCUUUGGUUCCAACAAGGGUGCAGAUAUUAGAAGUGCAGAGUUGCUACUAUGGAUUAAACAAAUCAUUUCUAAAAGUGUAUGGAAAAAUUAAAGUUUAUGUUAAAGUUUUGAAUAAACAAGUGUUAAUU